UUUUCCCGCAUUGCCCAAAUCCGCGUUUUUCCGCCCCAAAAUGGCAGCCUGUCGUUCAGCGCCGACUCGUCGUUCCUGUGCGCGGCCAGCGACAAAAGCACGCUGCACGUCUUCGCCCUGCGCGACACCCGCCUCAACCGCCGCUCCGCGCUGGCGCGGGUGGGCGGCGUGGGUCCCGUGCUGCGGCCCUACGCCGAGUCGCAGUGGUCGCUGUGCAGCUUCGCGCUGCCCGAGGGGCCGGCACAGUGCGCCUUCGGCACCGCG